GUUGCUACUGCAAGUCAUGAUGUUGUUUACUUAUUCUGUGUGAGCCGGUAAAUCGAAAGUAAUUCAUUCAUAAAAUACAUUUCAAAAUAAAGUGAUUAGUACUACAAGAGUAGAAUAUUCUAUUUGUUUUUUUAAAUUACCAAAUACCAACUCAAUCAAAAUGUCCAUCGGUUCUGUUUAUGAAACGGCAUACAAGGGAGACUUUAAUCAAGUGAAAGUAAAAAUUGAUGAGAAUAAAAGAUUGGUUGAAACACCGGAUUCUAAUAAAUGCCUUUUAAUUCAUUGGGCAUCUCUUGGAGGUAAUGAAAAUUUAGUAGAUUACUUAAUAGAUACAGGUUCUCCUGUGGAUCCGGUAGAUGAUACAAAUUCUACACCUUUAGUACUAGCUGCGUCAGCUGGAAGGCUGGAGGUUGUAAGACUUCUUGUUGGUAAAGGAGCAACUGUUAAUCAUAAAACAGACCGGCAUCAGACAGCUUUACAUUAUGCUUCAUCCAAAGGACAUAAAGAGCUUGUAAAAUUCCUGAUUGAUGCAGAUUGCAAUGUUAAUUCUGCUGAUGUGUUAGGUGCAACUCCACUUCACAGGGCUGCGGCUCAGGGUAGAACAGAAAUUGUUGAAAUGUUAUUGAGUUCACCACAAAUCAAUGUUAAUGUGCAGGAUUCAACUGGAUGUUCACCCCUUCAUUUGGCUUGUGAAGAGGACCGUGAACAAGUAGCUGUUUUAUUAAAAAAUGCUGGAGCUCAAACUGAUCUAAAAAAUAAGGACAAAAAGACACCAUUAGAUUUGUGUUCCCCUAAACUGAAACGUUUACUUGAAUAAAUAGCUGAAGCUCAGCACUAUGAUUUAUGUACGGCAUCUUUAAAAAAAUAAGAGGCAAAUAUAUUGUCUUGAUAACAUAGGAUUUAUAUUAAUUUAUGUUAUAAUUGUGUAUAUGAAACUAAGUUGAAAUGC